UAUUUUUCGUCGUUUGGGGAUUCUGCCCAAGAUACGAGAGGCCAAGACAGCAACUACUGCGCGAAGUUGACAACACAUAUGAAGAAAACUGAAUAUCGCAACAAGAGAUAACAGUCGAUGUAGUAACCUUAGCAGGAAUGCGAGAAAACCCGGGAGACGAAGCAAACAGAAGGAUGUACAUGGCAUUUUCUACGUAUGUAGAAGACACCAAAAGGUUUGCCAAGCAGGACUGAAAAUCACUCCCAAACACGCCUAAACUAAGCACCAGCGUGCAAGCACCAGUGGGGACAUCAAGUCAAAGAGCACCAAGCAGAAACACCAUGGGCUCACGUCGAGCGGAGAAUUAGACGUUAAACAAGGACCACAACAAGAACAAGGGAUUCUGCGCGGGGAUAUUCUACGGAAGAUUGUGGGAUUGCUUGCCUGGUGGUUCACACAUACCUAAGACAUCCUGAAGCGAGGUGGAAAUGCGGCAGAUGCGGCCGUUGCCAUGGCAGCAGCGCUAAACGUGACGGAGCCCUGCAGUACUGGCCUUGGUGGAGACUGCUUUUGUCUGUUUUACGAAGCUGCUACAAAAACUGUCAAAGGUUUGAAUGGCAGUGGCAGGGCUCCAGCAAAGCUGACCUUAGACCUUCUAUGUAGUCAGGGCUUCAGUACAGACUGCCCCCCUCCCCCGUUUCACGCACACAACGUGACAGUGCCGGGGGCGGCAGCUGGAUGGGUCGACACAAUAGAGCACUUUGGCAGCAAGAAGCUGAGCUUGCUGGAGAUUCUGCAGCCAGCCAUCCAGCUUGCAGAAGAGGGCUUCCCUGUAACACAUGUUACUGCCUACCACUGGGCAAAGGGAGCAGCCUUGCUGCAGUACCAGGCCAAUACACAUGGGGGAGACCUGCUCAUUCAGGGCAAGGCACCCAGGGAAGGAGAAAUCAUGAAGAACCCACAUCUAGCACAUACUUUGAGGGAACUUGCCAGCAAAGGAAAGUCAGGUUUUUACCAAGGCAGGAUUGCCCAAGCCAUCGCUGAUGCUGUACUUGAACAUGGAGGAGUGCUGUCAUUGGAUGACCUUGGCUCCCACACCAGCACUUUGGUUGAUCCCAUUUCAGUGGAUUACAGGGGGGUGAGGGUCUGGGAGAUACCACCUAAUGGACAGGGUAUUACAGCACUCAUGGCUCUCAACAUUGUGGAAGGAUUUGAUAUGAAAGAGUUUGGACACAACACAGCAGACUACUUCCAUGUCCUGAUAGAAGCCAUACGACUCAGCUUUGCUGACAGCCUUUGGCACUGCGCUGACAUGUCAAAGGUCAAGGUCCCUGUGGACAAGCUGCUGUCCAAAGACUAUGCUGCUCAGAGGAGACAGCUCAUCAACAUGGACAGUGCCAUGGAGGAGCCACGCAGGGGAGACAUGGCCAGUGGAAAUGAUACUGUGUACUUCAGUGUUGUGGAUGGGGAAGGGAACGCCUGUUCCUUCAUCAACAGUAACUACAUGGGCUUUGGGACAGGCCUGGUUCCUAAGGCUUGUGGCUUCACAUUACAGAAUCGAGGUGCUAACUUCUCCCUUCAGCCUGACCACCCCAAUGUUGUUUCCCCUGGUAAAAGACCAUACCACACCAUCAUCCCGGCCAUGGUGACUGACAGCAGGACAGACGACCUCCUCAUGUCCUAUGGAAUCAUGGGUGGGUUCAUGCAGCCACAAGCCCAUGUACAGGUUCUCCUGAACAUGAUAGAGUUUGGUAUGGACCCUCAGCAGGCAUUGGAUCAGCCUAGACUGUGUGUGGGGCCAGGGCAUGAAGGUGCUGUUGGGUCAGUAGCUCUGGAACAAGGAAUACAUCCUACUGUGAUGGAAAAACUGAAGGCCAAAGGUCAUGAAGUGGUUGGGCCAAUCACAGGCCAUGGAAGAUCCCUAUUUGGACGGGGCCAAAUCGUAACAAAAGGGGCCUUCUGGUUGGCUGAGGGAGAUGUGCGAGUAGCCAAUGACAAGCGGGUAUUAUGGUCUGGGUCAGAUCCCAGAGCAGAUGGACUUGCUAUUGGAUUUUAACCUACUCCUUGCUACUUAACCCCAUGUAGAACAAAAUUUUUAUAGAAUUUGAUUCGAAAAGGCUACCUUGGUAGACUGAAGGUUAUGAAAGAUGAUACCCUUCAAAACAAGGUAAUAAGUACUAGUCAAUGCGCAUGCAUCAUAAUGUAAUUAUAAUGUACUUUUGUUGAGGACUUAAAUCAGAGAUUGUACAUGUCAAUGUUAAUAAUACUCAGGGAAAAAAUUAAUGGUAACUUUGUAGCCAUUUUAGUAAUUGUUACCAAUGUAUCCCAUAUCUCAAAAUAUUUUCUAUUGGUUACAAGGAUAGAUGUCUUUUAUCUACAGGUUUGAUUGAAUUAUAUAGAAAUGAUUCAGAUUCUUAUCAAUAAGUGAGGUGGGACCUUUAUGUGCUGGAGGUAUGGCUCUUCUCAAAAUGGUACCAUCUGAGAGGACAUCCUUAGCUGGAGCUAAGUACUCAUUUUCACCAGGGUCGUGUGAGGAAAUAGUACUGGUGUAAAGUGCUUUUCUUAAGGGUACAAAAGUUGGGCCUACUAGGAAUUCGAAUCCAGAACUGUCAGAUUCUAAGUCGACCACUGCAACCACAAGACCAACAUGUCAUCUUUACCAUAGGAUAUAAGCUUAUCAUUGAUAACUGGAACCAAUGUGAUUUGCUGUUAUCAAACUCAAAUCAGUAACAGGUUUACGAAAUCUCCAACCUGUGUGUCCAUGAAAACUCUUCCAUCAAAGAUAGAUCUAGACUCGGAGUCAU